CCGCACCUGCGGCGGGGGCGGGCGGUCAUGGCGUACUCCACGGUGCAGAGGGUGGCCCUGGCCUCGGGACUCGUCUUGGCUGUGUCGCUGCUGCUGCCCAAGGCCUUCCUGUCUCGCGGAAAGCGGCAGGAGCCGCCGCCGGCGCCCGAAGGGAAGUUGGGUCGAUUUCCACCUAUGAUGCAUCAGCAGCAGGCACCCUCAGAUGGCCAGACCCCUGGGGCUCGUUUCCAGAGGUCUCACCUCGCAGAAGCCUUUGCAAAGGCCAAGGGAUCAGGUGGAGGCACUGGAGGAGGAAGUGGUGGAAGAGGCCUGAUGGGCCAAAUUAUUCCCAUCUAUGGUUUUGGAAUUUUUUUAUAUAUACUGUACAUUCUGUUUAAGCUCUCAAGGGGGAAGAGUACUGCAGAGGACCAGAAGUGCUCUACUGCCACACCUGGAAACACCCACAGGAAAAUUACCAAUUUUGAGCUUGUUCAACUGCAAGAAAAACUGAAGGAAACAGAGGAAGCCAUGGAAAAAUUAAUCAACAGAGUGGGGCCUAAUGGUGAGAGAGCACAGACUGUGACUUCUGACCAAGAAAAACGAUUGCUUCAUCAGCUCCGAGAAAUCACCAGGGUCAUGAAAGAAGGAAAAUUCAUUGAUAGAUCCACUCCAGAGAAAGAAGCUGAGGAGGCCCCUUAUAUGGAGGACUGGGAAGGUUAUCCCGAAGAGACUUAUCCAAUUUAUGACCUUUCAGAUUGCAUCAAGCAUAGGCAAGAAACAAUCCUGGUGGAUUACCCUGACUCAAAAGAGCCCUCUGCUGAAGAAAUAGCUGAAAGAAUGGGAGUGCUGGAAGAGGAAGAAUCAGACCGUGUGGGUUGGGCAAUGCCUACUGAGCCCAGAGCUCAGGAAGAUAAUUCUGUUACCUCAUGUGACCCAGAGCCAGAACCAUGUUCCUGCUGGUCUCCUGAAGAAGAGGAUCCCGCCGUCUUGGCAGAGAAUGCUGGAUUUGGUGCAAACAGUUACAGUGAGCAGGAAGAAACCACUAACGAAGUGUGGCCCUAUGACUUGAGAGAUGAAGGGUCAGGCAUCCAUGCAGAUAGAGCAGAUCCAGGUGGCAUGCUGAGGAAGCGGCAUCCCCAGGGUUUAGAGUGAGAACAGUCAGUCUAGGACCAUUACUGGAGUCCCAAGGUGACCUUUCUCUCCUCUCUGAUUUCAUCCUUGGCCCUGUGCCCCGUACUUCAUUCUCCGUGUUUAAGUAUCACAGCCAAUCAGGCCACUACCAUGGAUAUCAUGUAUCCUUCCUGGUGCUUGCACACCUGUCACCUUAUAAAACAUCAUAGAAAUUAGUAUGAACACAAGACAGCCUCCCUCUUUCUCUUCCUUCUUUGCUCCAUCAGAGACUCGAUCCACUGAGUAAUUUUUGAUCUAUCAUAAUUACAGAUGGGACCACUCAGGGCAGAGGUCUGACUCUCCAUGUUAAAAGUAACAGAUGGUUUACCUGUGACGAACAUCAGAUUACACAUGAUGAGGACUUAAGGUUGCAAGAGUGAAGAUUUCAGAGUCUUAAGGUGCCUUAUUCUGUGGGCCUUGUACAGGUUAGUGGUCUGCUGGGUUCAAGGAGGAGAAUAUUCUGUUUGUGGGGAUGGUGGGACCAGAGCGGGGACUCUUGCCUGAGCUGAAGCCCCUUAGAGCGAGGGCCUCCUGAGGAACCCGUUACAGCCAGGGCCUUUUGCAGAGCCCCGAGGCUGCCUCAAACCUCCACCUUUCUCUGGCAUAGGAGACUCUCACUGGCCUGAGAAUGAGCCUAGAGGCUUGCUAGUAAUAGUAGUAGUAGUGUUAGUCACUCAGUUGUGUCCGACUCUCUGUGACCCCACGGACUAUAGCCCGCCAGGCUCCUCUGUCCGUAGCAUUCUCCAGGCAGGAAUACUGGAGUGGGUGGCCAUUUCUUCCUCCAGGCUCGGGCUUGCCGGGAAACGGUUUUUCUCUAAUAAUGCCUGGAUCUCUAGCUUCCUUUGUCCUUGUUCUGCUUAACAGAACUGCCAAAUGUAGAAGCACCUUCAUACCUCUCAUCUUCCGUGGCUAGAGGAAGCUUGAGAUAGAGACUUUAGUCCUUACCCUGUGGAGCCAAGGUUUGAAGCUUCAGGAAAGGCUGCUGAAGGGUGGAAGUCCUGCCAUGAGAUGCUCACAGGGCCAAGGAGUGUCUGACGGAGAGUAAACCCACGCACUGACAGGCAGUCCUUGCUUAGAUGCUGUUUCUGAAUGUUGUGCCCUCUGGGAAAUUUGUUCUUACAACAAAUUAAAACAGAAACGAGGAGGAUUGAACUUGUAGACCACGUGCUGCCCUUGGUCUAAGGACCUUGGACCCACACUGUUGGGGCCCUGUAUUGUAGGGACCCAAUAUAGCAGUGCCUGGGAACAGACCAUGUGUUCCCUAUUUGGAUAUCUGAGUCUGUUGAGAAAGUUGGGCAAAGUGGGAGGUAUUAGGACAGGGAGGACUGUGACCAGACCCAAAGCGUAAUUUCUGAGCUGCCAUCUGUCAUGUGUCUCCUUGAGGUAAGAUGUAUUCUGUAUGGUAAGGAUGAGUGAAUUCAGUUUACAGGUAAGACCUGAGAGUUUCAAGAGGACAUAUUCCUGAGGACCACGAAAUGUGGAAGACUUGAAAACUGAGCAAUCAUGUAAAGGUGGACUGGCUUUUAGAGUUCCACUAUAUGCCUGGAAUGAGCCAGAGGCCAAGAAAAUGAUUUAAUAACUGUUAAAGCACGUGUAAGCAUGCACACUGCCGUCACAGGCUCAGGACCAGAUUCAGAUGAUGUGUCAGCUGGAGCUGUGCAGUGUUUGUUAAUGACUUCAGACAAAAGUCAGUGAAGACUGAGUCCAUAGGAAGCAUAUUGUGUCUCUCUGGAACGUUAGAUUCACUUGUAGAGAAAGGAGUUUAAAAUGUACUGAGAACAAUCUAGAUGUAAUAUAAUGCUGAAGGUAAAAAAUAAUGUAGGUGCUGUUU